AUGGUAAUGGACACGGCGAUUAGCAACGGCACUGACUCGAUGGUGAUAGAGGCGACAACGAUGGGAAGAGGAUCCCAUGUCUCGACGGUGGCGGAGGCGGGAAGAGACGACUUUGAUGCAGUGAGGUGGGAAAGAGACAUAGCACCCUCACAUUUUAGACUGAGGAUUGAAUCAUUCUACAAACUUACCAAGAUGCUGUCCGAGGGGGGAAUCCAAUGUUUCACGUCCAAAGUUUUUGAAGCUAGUGGUUACCAAUGGGAAUUCUCUAUGUAUCCCAAUGGUGUUGGCCUUAAUAAAGGGCACAUUUCUGUGUUUUUGUGUAUUCAAAACACAAGUGCAUUGCCUUUGGGAGAUAAAGUAAACAAGUUUCAUUAUUUGAAACAAGAAUGUGGUAUUUCGAAAUUUGUCCCUCGCUGUGAGUUUGAUGAUGCUGCAAAUGGGUAUCUUGUUGAUGACACAUGUGUUUUUGGUGUUGAAGUUUUUGUGAUACAUUCUAAAUUUGUCGAACAACGUUUGAGUCCUUUAGUGAAAGUUGGCGAAACCUACACUUGGAAGGUAUCAGGUUUCAGUAAUAUGAACAAAGUUUGUUAUUCCGAUGAAUUUACUGCAGCUUCCUUCAAAUGGAAAGUGACACUCUAUCCUCUUGGAGUAGGGAGUAAGCGUCCCGACGGGUUAAACCUUGGUUUGUAUUUGACGCUUGUUGAUCCAGGAGCUACCCCCAACGCACUGCUUGUAUAUUUUAUGUUAUUUAUAAGGAAUCAGAAAUAUGGGAAGCAUCAAGUGGGGCAAUUUUGUUGUUGCUAUUCUUCUGAAUCUUUAAGUUGGGGUUGGGAAUCGUUUAUGCCGCUGGCGGAUCUCCGAGAUUUAUCUAAUGGCUUCAUAGUUAAUGAUUGCAUUAUUGUUGAAGCACAUAUCAAGAAUGUGUCCAUCAUUCAGUAG